CAUGAUUCCAUAUAUACAGACAUUAAUUCAUAAAAUAUAAACAUCAAAAGGGUUAAUAAAAUCUGUUGAAGCCAACCACCACAAAGAGAGUCAAUACCAAUGAAGUGAUAAUUCUUUCUUUUUCUGGGGAACGUAUCACUUUUACCUGAUUGAAACAAGCACAUGAUACCGAAAUGAGUGAAGUGGAAGAUACUAGAAAUAACGAAGAAAAAGUUUUUGCUUCACAAAUUCAUAUAAAAGAAAGACUUAACAUUAAUAAAAGUAAUACUUGGAAAUUUUUAUUCUGGUUUUUAUCAUUAUGCGUUUUAUUAGCUGUUUCCUUGGUGAUAUACGUUAAUAUGAAUUAUAAAAUAACCUUAGUCAAAGUCGAUACGGGUGAAGGCAGUAUCAGAUUUAGUAAACAAUCUCAUAAAAGGGAAAGGCGAUCGUCCUUUUCUGACGUGGACAGUGAUGAGAAGGACGAUCCAAAUAAUGAUCGCGAGAAUGCAAAAAAACCGCUUCGUGAAAGGCAUAAAGAACAUCCUGUUUUAACCGAGGACGAGAGAUUGGAAUAUCAUACCCAGGUUGCAGAUGAGUUAUAUGCUGAAAACAUCGAGAAAAAUCUUAUAUAUUUAGCAUCUAAUUCACAUUUGGCAGGAACACAUGAAGGAUCUGAGCAAGCCGAAUGGAUAGCACACAAAUUUCGAAAAUAUCUUUUUGAUAAUGUCCAUAUAAAACCGUACAGCGUUUUACUGUCCUAUCCCGAAGCGCCAGGUAAUCUAACUUUAUUUGAUACGAAUGGAGAAGAAACACAAAAGAUAACUGUCGUUGAACAAAAGUUGGACAAAUUUGAGAAAAACACCCCCAAUCCGGUUUACCCACCCUUUCUUGCCUACACAAGUUCCACAACGGCUGAGGGAGAGAUGGUGUAUGCUAAUUUUGGCACUGAAGAAGAUUUUGGAAAACUCAAAAAAAUGGAUGUUGAUGUUGAGGACAAAAUCGUGUUGAUACGAUAUGGUGUGAUUUCAAGAAAUAAGAAGAUAAAGUAUGCCGAAGCCUGGAAAGUAAAAGGGGUUAUUCUUUUUUCUGAUCCAGUCACAUACAGCCCGACUGGUGUCUCUUACCCAGACUCGUGGUACCUUCCACCCGAUGGUGUCCAACGAGGAACAUUGUUGCGUAUGAGAGGAGAUCCCCUAACAAGAGGAUAUCCCGCCGUGAAGGGUUUAUAUCAACGUCCAGUCGAAGAAGUAAAGUAUUUUCCAAAAGUACCUGUUCAACCUAUCGGCUAUGCUGACGCUGAAAAAUUACUAAAAACUCUAAACGGCAAGUCCCCGCCUGACGAAAUUUGGAGUGGAGGCUUGAACAUGACUUAUAACGUCACAUCCAAAGAUCAUAGAAAAGUAAAAGUCGAAGUCAAUGUAUCUAAAGAGGUUCGGGAUAUAAAGAAUGUGAUUGGGUGUAUCAAAGGUGAUUUAGAACCAGAUCGGGUAAUUAUCGUUGGAAACCACAGAGAUGCAUGGACAUACGGGGCUGCAGAUCCGUCGUCUGGUACAGCUGUUAUGGUUGAAGUAGCACGCGCAUUAGGAGAAUUAAAAGCAAAAGGUUGGAGACCUAGGCGCACCAUAAUGCUUUGCAGUUGGGAUGCUGAGGAAUAUGGAUUGAUUGGAUCAACUGAAUGGACGGAAGAAAAUGCAAAGAUUCUUUCCCAUCAAGCGGUGGCUUAUAUCAAUGUUGAUACCGCGGUGCAAGGCAAUCACACUAUUGAAUUAAAAUCUACUCCAGAACUCGUCGAUACAUUUUUCGAAGCUGCAAAGAGAUUUAAAGAUCCGGACAGCAAAGAAAACUUAUACGAUGUUUGGGUGCGAAAACAUAAGAAAGAUAAAGAAGACAAAAGAAAAGAACCUAAAGUGCGCAUGUUUAGAGAAGGGAGCGAUUACAUGCCUUUUUACGCUGAUCUUGGGAUUCCAUCUAUGGACUUUAGAUAUAUGUUCAAUACAAAAGAUAUGGGCGUAUUCAAUUAUCCAGUUUACCACACUAUACACGAUAACAUUGAAUGGAUGAAAAGAUUUGUCGAUCCUGAUUUUCGCUAUCACGUGACUAUUGCAAAGAUCUGGACACAAGUCAUUCUUUUGCUCGCUGACACAACUCUACUUCCGUUUAACUUCAUUCGAUACAGUGACAGUUUGUUUUAUCGAGUUAAAGAAAUGGCUGAUUUGGUUAAAAAAAAGAAUUUGGAAUCGCAGUGUAACUACACUUUAUUGUUGAAGACAGUGACCGAACUAAAAGGCGCCACUCGAGAUUUCCACAAUCGCUUGCAAGAUUUAGACAAAGAAAAUGUUCUUGCGGUACGCGCAGCAAAUGACCAAAUGAUGCUCUUUGAAAGAACGUUUGUGACGUCAGAAGAUAUACCUGGAGAACCACUGACCAGACAUGUAUAUCACACAGCUGGACUUACAAAAGCUCUGAAAGAUGUCAUUGCUAAACCAGAAUCGAAAGAAAAGCUGCAAGAAUUUCAUAUGAAAUAUUCUAUUUAUACCUAUCACGUGAUGAUGGCUAUCCAUGCACUAAAAAAUCCCUUCAUAAACAAAGGUCACGUGAAGAAUGAAAAAGAACUUGAUCCCACCGAGUAAUAAAUUGAAACACAAACAAGUACAAUUUUAGAAUAUAAAAAAAAUAAAAAUAAAAAUAAAUUAAUAUACACACUAUAUUUUUGAAUAUUCUCUGUUUGAUUGCACCAGUACACCAGCUAUUUGCUUUUAACAAUGAACGUUCCCUAAUCAGCUUUUAAGUUGUUACUGUACAGAGCAGCUUGCCCCAUGUGUGUCACACAUACCGCAAAUUGGAAACUCUCGGAAUUAAGCCUGGAAUCUUGAAAUUAUAAAGCACAUAUCCGCACGUUUAUUUAUAGCUAUAAUAUAUAUUUUUUAGUAAUACUGCUUAUUUUUAGUUCAAAUAAAACUUAAUGUUA